AUGCUAGGAAUACGGUGUAUAGGACUACCGUCCUUUAAACGAGUGGCUUGCUCGAGUAUAAGAGCGGGCCCUCUCUGCAGAAUACGGCCCCUAUCGUCUUCGUCGCCUUCUCCAUUCCACAGCCUCAAACACCAAAUAAAAGCUCCGUUGGUGGAGUCUUUGGUUCGUAAUGGUGGCCGUCAAUUUUCCAUAUUCUCCAUUGGCAAAGUUGCUGGUAAAAUUGUGAGGGUUCCUGCUGCGGUUGGCGGAAGCCUAGCUGCUGCCGGUACCUAUGUUGCUUAUAAAGUUGAACAGGCUUCCAGUUACACCCAGGACCAGUUGGGAAAGGUCAAGGACAUUACUGAUGGAGUGAUGGACUCUUUUUCUGGACUUUGGGACAAGGUCGGCUCCAUAGGUGGUGGGAGUGAUGGCGGAGGUAGUGGAGGCGGUGAUGAUGGAGUGGCUCUCGGAUCAGGAACUGCUGCAGCGGCCGUUGGGCUUGUUUCCGAUGACGAUGACGAGACUCUUAUUGGGGAUGAUAGCGAGGAAGAUGAAGAUGAGGAGUUUGAAGAAGAUCCAACUUCAAAUGACAUGUUGAACUUGACUAGACAGAUGAUCGAGAUACGCAGUUUGCUUCUGAAUGUCGAUGGCUCGCACACUCUGAAGCUUCCUUCCAUAGUGGUGAUUGGGUCUCAGAGCUCUGGUAAGUCGUCGGUUUUAGAGUCUAUCGUUGGGCAGGAGUUUUUACCCAAAGGCUCCAACAUGGUCACUAGGAGACCGAUUGAGUUGACCUUGAUAAACUCUCCGGAACAAGCCUCCGAAAUUGCAGAGUUUCCAGCCCUGAAGAUGUACAAUCUGACAGAUUUUCAGACUGUACAGAAAGUUCUUUUUGACUUGAAUAUGGCCGUUCCUUUGAAUGAAGCCAUAUCCAAUGAUCCCAUUCAGUUGACCAUCAAAUCUCCCAGAGUCCCAGAUCUCUCGCUCGUUGAUCUACCUGGUUAUAUACAAAUCGAGGCAGCUGACCAGCCGACAGAGCUGAAGACCAAGAUCAGGGAACUAUGCAAUCGCUAUCUGGAAAAUCCCAACAUCAUUCUGGCAAUAUCUGCUGCGGAUGUGGAUUUGGCAAACUCUUCUGCGUUGAGAGCUGCCAAACAGGCCGAUCCCAAAGGCGAAAGGACUAUCGGUGUCAUCACCAAGCUUGAUUUGGUCACACCAGAAAGAGCAAAGGAAAUUUUGACAAACAAAAAGUAUCCUCUCAGAAUGGGUUACGUGGGAGUGAUUACGAAAUCGCCCAGUCAAACAUCGUUAUUUCGCCGCAAGACGGGUAUUCAGGCCUACGUUGCUCAGCAAAACUAUGAAUUCUCAUAUUUUAAAGAGCACAAAUCCCAGUUUGAUGGUACAAGCGUUGGGACUAGAUUGCUGAAGAAGAAACUUAUGAAGGUGUUGGAGAAGUCCAUGGGAGAGAGCCUAAGGCCUAUGUACUUGAAUGUUCAGCAAGAGCUUGAAGAGACGGCUUACCAAUUUAAAGUUGAGUUCAACGAUAGGAGUCUCACUCCUGAAACUUAUCUGGCAAGCUGUGUUGAUAUUUUGAAGGGUUCGGUGAAAGAGUUCAGCGAAAGAUUUGGUAGACCCGAGCUCAGGUCUUUAUUGAAGAGUGAACUGGAUCAAAGAGUUUUAGAUUUGCUAGCACAGAGAUAUUGGAAUAGACCCGGUUCUCUGGAGUUGACGAAUUUGGAUGAACUGUCUGCUAGUAACUCGCAGGAUGUGUAUUGGCAUCGGAAACUUGACCUUGCUUACAACUCUCUCACUAAGCUCGGAAUAGGAAGACUUUCGACAGGCCUGAUCACUGACUCAAUCAUGUCUGAGAUUUCGAAUCUGAUUAGUGGAACCCCUCUGAGAAACCAUCCUUUGAUGUGCGAUGUCAUUCAGGAAUGUGCUCUGAAUGUUCUGAACAGCAAAUUCUACUCGACUGCAGAUCAAGUGGAGAACUGUAUCAAGCCCUACAAGUAUGAGAUCGAGAUUGAAGACAGAGAAUGGUCAAAAUCUCGGACCCAUUCAGUCCAGCUCUUGAAGGAAGAGCUGAGACAUUGCGAUGGUGAGUUCAACGCUUUGAAGAACCAUAUUGGCGGCAGAAAGCUCAACCAAAUAAUCCAAUACUUGGAGACUGGAGACAAAUCCAAAGACGUUGAGUCGAUAAACUUUUCGCCUCAACUGAUUGAGCAUGGUAAACAUGGGGUCUUUCUGAAAAAUAGAGCUGCUUUGAUCAAGAUGAGAUUGACUGGCAUCAACUCGAGCGCUUGCAAGUUCAAAGAAAACAAGUACAAAUGUCCUGAGAUUUUUAUGGAUGUUGUCUCAGAGAAAUUGACCACCACCGCGGUGCUGUUCCUAAAUGUUGAACUGCUAAGUGACUUCUACUAUAACUUCCCCAGAGAGUUAGACAUGAAGCUUUCUUCACUUACUAGGGACCAAGUUGAACAGUUUGCGAAAGAGGAUACGAAAGUCAGAAGACACGUCGAACUACAACAGCGCAAAGAAUUACUGGAGUUGGUGCAAAACAAGAUUGAAGAUGUUUUGUCAUUGCAAAAAUACAAGAAUGGCAAAUAG